AUGACCGAUUGUGAAAAUGCUUCACUUGGUGGAAAUCAGUCACCUGGGGAACGCUGGAAGCGCGUCUGGAAGAGCCAGCUUGGCCGCGAUGCCGAGCAAGCUGAGGGGUUGGUUAGAUGCUCUUAUGCAACCACACAGGUGCAGCGACCUGAGUUCCCGUCUGGAUUUCAAUACCUGGUUGCAACCAUGUAUCCCAACUCAGUAUUCGGCAGGUUGCUCUGA